GACUCAAAAUGGCGGGAACGCCGGGAACAAAAGAAGCAACUCCGCGCUGCGCCCGCGCGUACACUCUCUGACUCUCGGUCUCGGUCUCGGUCUCAAUGCCAACGAAAUGGAGGAAAAUGGAAGGGAGCAUAAGCAGUGCUGGAGGAAAGAAGUGGAUGAGAACCUGAAGAGGCUACACUCUCUACUGUUCGGCGCCGAUUUGGCACUCGAAAGAAAGGAUUUCCUGACCGCCCAAAUCCUAGGACUCCGCCUCCUCGGCUUCCUCGAUUCCCGUUCUCACAAUCACGUCGAUGAAGCCUUCAUCCAUCCCAUACGGUCUGAGAUCUCUUCUAAGAUCGAUUCCGCUCGUCGAUCUCUCGCUCCCGAAUCCGACCGCCUGGCAUUUGAACAGGCAAAAAAAGAUCCUGGUUGCAUCUUUGUGAAGAGAGGGGAUGCUGACAUUGAUAAGGUUAAGAAUUCAAAAUACUUCCGUGCUUUCCUUCAUAAAUCCAAGGGGAGUGUUGCUUAUGCAUCGCAAUCACAGAUUCCUCAUGCAUCAGAUAACAGCCAUUCAGUCACUCUCCAAAGUAGCAGCAUUGGGGAAGGGCCAAAUUUACCCUCAUUGGGUCAACCGGAUAGGCAGAAUGACAAGUUGAGUUCUAAGACUCCAAAAGGUGUGACACAGGCAAAGCUAACAUCCCUCUAUGGUGGAAAGGUCUUGAGGACAAAUAAUAUUUCAAAUAAGAACACACUCAACUUGAGAAGUAACAACUCGGAGGAAUGCAUUAUAUUAGAAAAAUCAAAUUCCUGCAAUCAGAACUAUCCUAAGGGCACGGGCUUCUCUACAAUUUCGCAUGUUGAGGAGGAAGAAAAACUUCAUGUUAGUUUGUCAACAAAACGUGCUUAUGUGGAUAUUAGCAGCCCUAAGCUUGAACCUACAAAAUCUCCACCAACCAAUGAAGAUGCUAAUGCAGAUGUUCCAGGCACUGGGUUUGUAACUGCAAGAGCAAAAUUGGAAAUGGAUGCAAGGCAAAGGCGUGGUUUAGUGGGAUCACCAAGUGGUUCUGUUUCCCCUCAAAGUGAUAACAAUUCAGUGGGUAGAGGAUAUGGUGCAAGAUAUGGUGGUUUUCCACGUCGUGGCAUUCGUAGUAAUUUUGUUCCCCCUAUUAGAUCCAAUGGGGCUAACACGGGUCACAUGACUUCACGAGUAUCAGGAAAGGGUGAUGAUGCAUUAGAAGACUCAACAAAGAGAUGUUUGGAAAUGUUAUGUGGCCCUGAUGGGGAGCUCCCUGAGAAGUUGAGAAAUUUGGAGCCACGUCUUAUUGAGCAUGUUAGCAAUGAGAUCAUGGAUCGGGAUCCAAAUGUUCGCUGGGAUGAUAUUGCUGGCUUGGAGCAUGCUAAGAAAUGUGUGACAGAGAUGGUUAUAUGGCCUUUACUACGUCCUGACAUAUUCAAAGGUUGUCGCUCUCCAGGAAGAGGUCUUCUUCUCUUUGGUCCGCCAGGGACAGGUAAAACAAUGAUUGGGAAAGCUAUUGCUGGAGAGGCUAAAGCCACCUUUUUCUAUAUAUCAGCUAGUUCAUUGACAAGCAAGUGGAUUGGUGAGGGUGAAAAGCUUGUGAGAGCACUUUUUGGGGUUGCCAGUUGUCGUCAGCCUGCUGUGAUAUUUGUUGAUGAAAUAGAUUCCCUUCUAUCUCAGCGCAAGUCGGAAGGUGAGCAUGAAUCGAGUAGACGACUUAAAACACAGUUCCUGAUUGAAAUGGAAGGCUUUGAUAGUGGAAAUGAGCAAAUUCUUCUUAUUGGAGCAACAAAUAGGCCUCAGGAGCUUGAUGAAGCAGCACGGCGGCGGCUUACAAAGCGACUCUAUAUCCCUCUCCCUUCCUCAGAAGCAAGAGCCUGGAUUAUCCGCAAUCUGUUGGAGAAGGAUGGGUUGUUUAUGCUUUCAAAGGAGGAUACGGAUACUAUAUGUAAAUUAACCGAAGGGUAUUCAGGAUCAGACAUGAAAAACUUGGUGAAGGAUGCAUCCAUGGGACCGCUGAGGGAGGCUUUGAGACAAGGCAUGGAGAUUACAAAGCUGAGAAAGGAGGAUAUGAGGCCGGUUACGCUUCAGGACUUUGAGAAUGCCUUGCAAGAAGUGAGGCCAUCUGUUUCUAUGAACGAACUUGGUACGUACGAGGAUUGGAAUAAACAAUUCGGAAGCUUGUCUCUCUAGGAAAGGAAUAAGGAAAAGAAGGAUGCUUUGGAUAUAAUAGAUUCAAUAGCUUAGGUUAGAUUAGCCAGCAAGCUUGCAUUGACGUCUCUUAAUUUCUGAACGCCGAUCUGGGCUUGGGAGGUCCACUCCCACUAAAGUAUGAACCAUGCAUCUUUUGGCACACACUUCCAAUUGGCCGGGUCUGGGCUUCGGGUUGACCUUGGCACAGUCAGCUUCAUCUCACGAACAACAUUAUCAAAUUUCUUUGAUCUUAUCCAGAAUAACUUAGCGUGACCAAGACAAGAUGUCCCAUGCACCAAUCAGCGCACGAACAACAUUCAUAGAAUCUGAUUCCAAUCUUACUGAUUUCUGUCUAGGUGGCAUUUGGUUCAUCUUUUAGUGCGGCCUUUUGGGCUUUGGUAAGCUUGAAUUUUCCAGUGGGUUGAUUGCUGAAACCUCCUUUGAAGUUUUUGGCCGUUGCUGAAACCUCUCCUGAAGUUUGCUAAUUGGAGUUACCUUUGUGA